AUGAUGCUGUCUAUCCUCUUUAUUCAGCCGAGGAGUGCGAUGCUGGAAACGGCAGACAAAUUGGCGGCUGGUUAUGACAAGGAGCCAGAAGAGGCUGAAGCUUUACUGCAGAACAUACAAACCUAUGGUGUAUGGGCAGUGAUGGCCUACCAUCUUUUUAGACUGACGUAUCAGCAGGUGCAGGAGGAGGCCGAGCUUACGACUGAGCAGAUGUUUAGUUGGGAACAGCAAGGAGGUCAGCAGCCACAGAUGGCAGAUGCAGGGGGUAGUGACCAUGUUUUGGUGGAACGGCUGGCUAAGGCGCUAGAUGGGCUGAUGAGACAUUUAGCGAAGAUGUGGAUGUUGGCGGCUGGAGCCCCAAUACAGAACUUUAAGGUGGUUGACGAGGCUGCGCAGAUUAUGCGAGCCCAGUUGUUAAAAGGAGCGACGCAGACUACGCGUGAGGGUGUCCUUAAAGGCCACAUGUUAGAGUGA